CACUGCACCCACCCAACCCCGCUGUGAAGCCCAACACGCUGGUGGAAUUCCCGUGAACUUGUGAAGUGCUCUGAGUGAAGCAGGAGUGUCAUCCGGUGAGGGGUGGCCCAUGUCCCCCACCCCGGGUGCCAGUGGGAAAGGCAGUCUCUGACUCCCCAGACCAACUCCACACCGUGAUGCAAAGGUUGCUGGCCCUCCGUGCCACCUGCACAAAGCACAGCACCUGCUACCAAGAGUCUGUUUUCCCAGUCCUUGAAUCCGCGCUGUCUGGGUAGCUUGCUUUGAUCAACAGAAUGUGGGAGAAAUGAUGCCGUAGGAUUUUAUCACCGAAAGGGUGCCGGCUGUCUGCGACUAAAAUACUGGCUCCUACUGCUGUGCGGGUUGCUGAUUUACUGAAAUUCUUCAGUGGGAGAGACAGAACAAAGCCCCCAGGUGCUGAAUCCCGUGCCCCGGGAACCCAACGGGAGCAGGAGUAGAAGGAGAAACUCGCCUUGGAAACUCUACGUCCCGGAAAGAUGCAGAGCCUCAGGCCGGAGCAGAUCCGAGGGCUGCUUGAGCCUGAGAGGACCAAGACGCUGCUGCCCCGGGAGACCAGGGCCUGGGAGGAGGGCGUCGCCCUCGCCAAGGAUGGGGCAGCUGUGCAGGUUGGGGCCUCCGGUGGGGACGGUGACCAGAAAGGCCUGUCUUCUUCAGAGCCUGGGCUGGCGCAGGAGUGGAACGUGGUGGAGGGAGACGAGUCCAAGGACUCGCAGGGCUUUGUGGAGUGGUCGAAAGCUCCACAGCAAACCACCAUAGUCUUGGUGGUGUGUGUCCUGUUUUUGUUCCUGGUUUUAACAGGGAUGCCUGUGAUGUUCCACAUUUAACUACGAUGAGGACGAUUGUUCUGAAAUUGAUCGCUCUUUCUUGUUAAGGAAACAUCUUGGUUAAAAGUCAGCAAUAGGUUUAUUAGCAAAUGCCUUUUAAACAUCCAUCAAGAUGAUUUUUUAAAAAAGAUUUUAUUUAUUUGAAAGAGAG